AUGGCUUUCGCCGGGAUGGCUUCCGUCCCUAAUUAUGACAGCACGGCGCAGACGUCUGGCGUCCCAAUCAGCUCUGGCCGCAAUAAUCACCACGAGGAGGAGGAGAUUGCUCCCGCAAGCCAAAAAACCAUCGACACCGCCGCGACGUCCGUCACCGAGGUCGCGGCUAGCGACUCGACACACAAGAAGCCCUUGACCCCCAGGACAGCGACAAGAUCUCCGCCGAGGGCGAUGAGGAUUCCGAGAUGGAGCGCCGCCACUCCAUGGUGCAUACUCCCACGCCUCGGCCACUGGCUCCGUCGGGGGAACCCCUUCUUCGCCGACGAGACCUCGCCUCUGAACCCCAACUCGCCCAACUUCAACGGCCGCGCCUGGGCCCGCGCCAUUGUCGAUCUCGUCUCGCAGAACGGCGCGUCGUUCCGCACCUCGGGUGUCGCUUUCCAGAACCUGAAUGUCUUUGGUUUCGGCCAGGCCACCGACUACCAGAAGGAUGUCGGAAACAUCUGGUUGAGUGUCGCCGGUCUGGCACGCAAGAUCACUGGCGGUGGAAAGACGAGAAUCGAUAUUCUCCGCAACUUCGAUGGUCUGGUCCGCAAGGGCGAGAUGUUGGUCGUCCUGGGCCCCCCCGGUUCCGGUUGCUCGACUUUCCUCAAGACCAUCGCUGGUGAGACCAACGGUCUCUACACUGAUGACGAUUCCUACUUCAAUUACCAGGGAAUGACCGCCCAGGAGAUGCACACCCAUCAUCGUGGUGAGGCUAUCUACACGGCCGAGGUGGAUGUCCAUUUCCCCCAGCUGUCUGUCGGCGACACCUUGACCUUUGCUGCUCGCGCUCGUCAGCCCCGCCAGCUUCCCGAGGGUCUCGACAAGAACACCUUCGCCCAGCACUUGAGGGACGUGGUCAUGGCCCUUUUCGGCAUUUCUCACACCAUCAACACCCGCGUUGGUAACGAGUACAUCCGUGGUGUUUCCGGUGGUGAGCGCAAGCGUGUCACCAUCGCCGAGGCCGCCCUUUCUGGCGCCCCUCUCCAGUGCUGGGACAACAGCACCCGUGGUCUGGAUUCCGCCAACGCCAUCGAGUUCUGCAAGACGCUCCGUCUGCAAACCGAGCUCUUUGACAACACCGCCUGCAGCGCCUACGACCUGUUCGAUAAGGUGGCCGUCUUGUACGAGGGUCGCCAGAUCUUCUUCGGCAAGGCCACCGAUGCCAAGCAGUACUUUGUCGACCUUGGCUACGACUGCCCCGCUCGUGCCACUACCCCCGAUUUCCUCACUUCCAUGACGAGUCCCCAGGAGCGUCACGUCCGUCCGGGCUGGGAAGGCAGAGCCCCUCGCACACCCGACGAGUUCGCCACGGCAUGGAAGAACAGCCCCAACUAUAAGGCCUUGCAGGCCGAGAUCGAAGAGUACAAGCAGUCUCACCCCCUCAACGGCCCUGAUGCCGAGGCUUUCCGUGCCUCGAAGAAGGCCCAGCAGGCCAAGGGACAGCGCGCCAAGUCUCCCUUCACGCUGUCCUAUCUCCAACAGAUCCAGCUUUGCUUGUGGCGUGGAUUCCGACGCCUGAUCGGUGAUCCCAGCAUUACUGUCGGUUCUCUCAUCGGAAACGUCGGCAUGGGUCUCAUCAUCGGAAGUGUCUUCUACAACCUGCAAAUGACCACCGAGAGUUUCUUCCAGCGCGGUGCCCUCCUCUUCUUCGCCCUGCUCAUGAACGCCUUCUCCAGUGCCCUCGAGAUUCUCACGCUCUACGCCCAACGUCCAAUUGUCGAGAAGCACGCUCGCUACGCCCUGUACCACCCGUCUGCCGAAGCCGUUGCGUCCAUGCUGUGCGACAUGCCAUACAAGAUUAUGAACACCAUCGUCUUCAACCUGGUUCUCUACUUCAUGACGAACCUGCGCCGCGAGCCUGGAGCAUUCUUCUUCUUCCUCCUGAUCUCGUUCUUCACCGUCCUUACGAUGUCCAUGAUCUUUAGAACCAUUGCUUCGUCGUCCCGAACCCUGUCGCAAGCCAUGGUUCCCGCUGCCAUUCUCAUCUUGGACCUUGUCAUUUUCACCGGCUUUGUCAUUCCCAUCGACUACAUGCUGGGCUGGUGCCGUUGGUUGAAUUACCUCGAUCCCCUGGCCUACGCCUUCGAGGCCCUCAUUGUCAAUGAGUUCCACGACCGCAACUUCUCCUGUUCGAGGAGCAGUUUCGUGCCCAACCCCGACAUCCCUGGAUACGAGAACCUGCCCUCUUCUCAGCGUGUCUGCAGCGCCGUCGGCUCUGUUGCCGGUCUUGACUUUGUCAACGGCGAUAACUACGUCGGCUCUGGUUUCCGUUACGAGUAUGCCCACCGCUGGCGCAAUUUCGGGAUCCUUAUUGCCUUUAUGCUCUUCUUCCUGAUGACGUACAUGAUCACCGCCGAGUUGGUCUCGGAGAAGAAGUCCAAGGGUGAGGUCCUCGUAUUCCGUCGUGGACACAAGCCUGCUGCCCUCAACGAGAAGCACACCGAUGAUCCCGAAGACAUCCGUGUUGGACCCGUCACCACUGCCGACCGCAACCGCGUCAACGAGAAGAACGAUGGUCUCAUCGAGGAGCAGAAGUCUACCUUCCACUGGAACAACGUCUGCUACGAAGUCCAGAUCAAGAACGAAACGAGACGCAUUCUGGAUAACGUCGACGGUUGGGUCAAGCCUGGUACCUUGACUGCUCUUAUGGGUGUCUCUGGUGCCGGCAAGACCACGCUUCUGGACUGUUUGGCUGACCGUAUUUCCAUGGGUGUCAUCACUGGCGAGAUGUUGGUCGACGGUUGGCAACGUGACACAUCCUUCCAGCGCAAGACCGGCUAUGUCCAGCAGCAGGAUCUGCACUUGCAGACCACAACCGUCCGCGAGGCACUGAACUUCAGCGCCCUUCUUCGUCAGCCCGCCCAUGUCCCGAAGCAGGAGAAGCUCGAUUACGUCGAGGAGGUCAUCAAGCUGCUUGAUAUGGAGGAGUACGCCGACGCCGUUGUCGGUGUUCCAGGUGAAGGUCUCAAUGUCGAACAGCGCAAGCGUCUGACUAUUGGUGUCGAGCUUGUCGCCAAGCCUCCCCUGCUGCUCUUCGUCGAUGAGCCUACUUCUGGUCUCGACUCGCAAACUUCCUGGGCCAUUCUCGACCUCUUGGAGAAGUUGACCAAGAGCGGGCAAGCCAUUCUCUGCACCAUCCAUCAGCCUUCCGCAAUGCUCUUCCAGCGGUUCGAUCGUCUUCUCUUCCUCGCCAAGGGUGGUCGCACUGUUUACUUUGGUGACAUUGGCGAGAACUCCAAGGUCAUGACUUCCUACUUUGAGCAGAACGGCGGCUUCCCCUGCCCCCACGAUGCCAACCCCGCCGAAUGGAUGUUGGAGGUCAUUGGUGCCGCUCCGGGCUCCCACACCGACAUCGACUGGCACCAGGCGUGGCGCAACUCCAAGGAGUACCAGGACGUUCAGGCCGAACUCCAGAGACUCAAGGACGAGCGUGGUGAGCAGCAGCCCCCCACUGUGGACAAGACCAGCUACAACGAAUUUGCUGCCCCCUUCUUCGGCCAGCUCAAGGAGGUUACCCACCGCGUCUUCCAACAAUACUGGAGAACCCCUUCGUACAUCUACGCCAAGACUGCCCUUUGCACGCUCGUCGCCGCUUUCAUUGGUUUCGUCUUCUUCAAGGCUCCCAACACCCAACAGGGUCUUCAGAAUCAGAUGUUCGCCAUUUUCAACCUGCUCACCGUUUUUGGCCAGCUUGUCCAGCAAACCAUGCCCCAUUUCGUCAUUCAGCGAUCCCUGUAUGAGGUGCGAGAGCGCCCGUCCAAGGUGUACGGAUGGAAGGUCUUCAUGCUCAGUCAGAUCAUUGUCGAACUCCCGUGGAACACGCUAAUGGCUGCCAUCAUGUACUUCUGCUGGUACUACCCUGUUGGUCUCUACCAGAACGCCAUCCCCGCCGACCAGGUCGCCGAGCGUGGCGCGCUAAUGUUCCUCUACCUCCUCGUCUUCAUGCUCUUCACCUCGACCUUUACCGACUUCAUCAUUGCCGGUUUCGAGACCGCGGAGGCUGGUGGUAACAUUGCCAACUUGCUCUUCAUGCUCUGCCUCAUCUUCUGCGGUGUCCUCGCCAACCCCGACUCCAUCCCCCGCUUCUGGAUCUUCAUGUAUCGUGUAUCACCAUUCACAUACAUAGUGUCAGGCAUGCUGUCAACGGCAGUUGCCAACACUCAGGUCUACUGUGCUUCCAAUGAAUUCCUGCACUUCGAUCCUCCUUCUGGGGAGACCUGCUUCCAGUUCAUGAACAGUUACAUGCAGCAAGCAGGUGGAUAUCUCUUGGACAACAACGCUACUACCGACUGCCAGUUCUGCACGGUCCAGGACACCAACGUGUUCCUGGCCAGCGUCAAGAGCGACUACGCCGACCGCUGGAGGAACUUUGGCAUUGCCUGGGUCUACAUCAUCAUUAACAUUUUCGCCGCCUUGGGUCUGUACUGGCUGGCGAGAGUGCCGAAGAAGGGUGGCCUAUUUGGCAAGAAGAAGACCGAAUAA